CAAAGUUGCUCUGAUGACACAGGCGAGGCUCCACAGAUAAAAGGAAGGCGACGCUUUGAGGAGCAGGUGUUGAACGGAGGACGGAGAGCUGCUAUAGUAUAUGUCCGACUCCUGAGGCGACUGUUUUCCAUGAGUCUGUAAAUUCUGGAAGUAAACCGUUUGCUGGCUUGUCUUGUGUUUGGGUGCGCCCCGGGUUCUGCUGAAGAAUGGAGUGGUACGUCUUGGUGUUGAUGCUGAGCCUGCCGCCCUCUAUCCAUACAGACUGUUCAUCACAGUGCCAGAGAUGCGCCGAACAAAUGCUGCGUCCCGACGCGGCUGUCAGCAGUCUGUCGUGCAGCGCGGAGUGUGAAGAGAAUGAGCUGGAGAGAUGCGCUCCGGCUCCACGGCUGGCCGACUUCACCGAGGACCAGGCGGCGGAGGCGGAGGAGAGUCAACAGGCAGAACUGGUCAAGCGCUACGGCGGUUUCAUCAAGCGGAUCGACAAGAACAAGAACAAAGUGUUCACCUCCUCCCCGUGGCGUGAUAACUCCGUACUGAAGGCCGCAGCGCUGCCUGCAAACUACGAAGAGCUGCUAAAGCAGCUGGAGGUGAGAGGCGCGUCCGCAGAGGAGGAGACCUUGCCGCACAGUUACGUUAAGCGCUACGGAGGCUUUUUACGCAAAUUCGGCCCAAAGUCAAAGAGAAGGAGUUCCGUGGAAGAAGGCACCCAGGAGCCAGAGGAGCUCCAGAAGCGCUACGGGGGAUUCAUGCGGAGAGUCCGGCCUAAGCUUAAUAAUCUGAAAUGGGACAAACGUUUCGGAGGGUACCUGCGGCGCCACUUCAAAUUCUCUGUCCGCUCUGCAGAGGAGCCCUACUCCUCUUCCGCGGAGCUAUAAGAACUCACAUCGGGUACAUGUCAAAAAAUCUCCUGUUCCUGCCCUAUCUGCUCAUUCCAGGCUGCCUUCCACUCAUGUGUCACCGUCUGUCAGUCAAUGACCAAUGCCUAUUUAUUAACGUCCCGUUUAUACCAUUCCUGUUUGUCUCAGCUCAAACCACGCAUAGCGCACGGUUUGAGCAGUUUCCCUUCAAGACUUACUGGAAGUUUGGAAACCAAGCCGAGGUAAGAAUGAGAACAGGAUCAGAAAGUAAAAAGAAAGUGCUGAACAGCCCGUUUAGUUAGGCUUGAAUUGAAACCGGUGAGCAAACAGAUCAUUUAAUGGGUCUGAAAAAUGAAACUUUUCAAAUAAAGUGAGAACAUUUAUUGUGGUGCCAAAGUUUUCCCGAAAUUACUCAAUUUUGAAGGAAUUCUGCGUCUCUUAAUUCACGCAGGCAAUUCACUUGAAUUUUUUUCUGUUAUGUUAAAUAAAAAUGUAACAAUGUAAAAAUAUUUGACUGUAUACUAUGACAGCUUAGGUGAGUAAUGCAGCAGCAGAAAAACUCACCGCAAUUUGGUUGGAUAAUUUAAAAAGGAAAUGAAAUAUGAUCGUGUUUACAAUCAUUACAGUCCAAAAUAUAUCACAUAAUAAAAAGGUGAAAAGGUUUUUUUUUUAAUAAGCAUACUUCUUGCGCUACCUUGUGGGAAAAUAGCGUAACGUUUGUUCCAUUUUGGACAAUUCUUAUCAGGCUUCAAAUGAAAUGAAUGAAUUCACUGAACUGUUUCUGACUCCUGUAACCAUUUGUUUGCCAAAAUGCUUUGAAAUAUGUUUAAGACUUCCAGCUGACAAAAAGUUGUAAAAAGAAAUAAAUUACCAGAAGAUAAAA